AAAGUUAAUCCGGAUCCAACGGUGAUUAAAGUUCUGGCAGCUUUAAAUGCAUGUUUCGAUUGCGCAUCUAAAAAAGAAAUAGAACAAGUAAUGCAACACGGAGUACACGGAGACCGAAUUAUUUUCGCGCACCCUACUAAGUAUCCGUCUCAUAUAGAAUAUGCUAAGAGAAUGAACGUCAAGCAAAUGACGGUUGAUAGUGAAAUCGAGCUGUACAAGAUCAAGUAUAUCUUCCCUGAAGCUAAGGUAGUCAUACGUAUACGUUGCGACUCGAAAAACAUGCCAGUGUUUGUACCAUUGGGACAGAAAUUCGGUUCCGAACCGGACGAUGAAACCGUGCGCUUGAUACAGCUCACGAAAGAUCUCGGUUUGAAUUUACACGGCUUUAGCUUCCAUGUCGGUAGCCCGUGCGAGGAGCUCGAGGCUUACGCCAGAGGGAUCGCAUUGUGCAAACAAUUAAUUACCGUCUCCAAGGCAAUCGGAUGCGACAAGGUGCAGUUGAUCGACAUCGGUGGUGGAUUCCCGGGUGAAAGUGGAAUGGACGUUGACAAGUUCGUCAGUAUUAUCAAUGACGCAAUACAGGAUCUCGAUCCUAGCAUAAGGAUUAUCAGCGAACCGGGAAGGUACUACGUAACUUCCAGCUUCACUUUAGCCUCGUAUUUACAUUCCAAGAAAAUCACUUCGAAGGACGGAGUAAUGAUGAGAAUGUAUUACAUGAACUGUGGAGUAUACCAUUCUUUUAUAGAAGAACUGUUAGGCUUGCGAGCUAGAGUACCACAAUUACUUUUCGAACCAAUAAGCGAAGAGAAAUUCCUAUCAAACAUAUGGGGACCGACCGCCGACUCAUAUGAUUUAAUUAUCAAGAAUGUGAUGUUGCCUGAGCUUCAAAUAGGUGAUUGGUUAAUUUGGAAAGAAAUGGGUGCUUAUACACUAUCUGUAUCCUGUGCGUUCAACGGGUACCCAAUCCCAAUUGUGAUUCCAAUUAUCAGGAAGAGUCAAUGGGACGACUUUAAAGCGCAAAUUGACUCGAUGUAGGAGCUUGUUUUAUUUUCAAAAAUCCAUUAAACAAUAUAAUUUGACGAGAGUAAUUUAAUGAAUAAAUCCUUAACCUAACCUAACCUAACCUAACAAAAUGUAAAGCUGUUCCAAAAUAGAGCUAAGUGUAUUAUAGAUUUAAUUAUAUGUCCCUCAAAAUCUGUCCCUUUAAGUUAUAAACUGAUUGAGAGUAAAUACAAUGGUUGAGUAUGAACUACGAAUCUUCGCUAA